GAAGUCCCGGUAGGCCGGAAGUGAGCGGCUGUGAAAUUGGACGGUCUAGCCUUCAGUUUUGCGUCAUCAGAUGUCUCGGUGGAAUUAAAUAAACUCAGCCGUCUGCUCCUUUCUGUCUAAAAUAUAACAGGACACUGGCGUAAAUAUUCGAUCAUCUCAGACUUCUGUUUAAUCGGUUUUCUGUUUGACGUUUAUUCAGCUGUAUGAAAACUAUAACUUUAAGCAAUUUUAGCACGGUAGCUAGCAAACUAGGAAAAUUCCUGUUAAAAGGUCAUAAAAGAGUGUUAGCCAGCAUAAAAGGAACAUUUCCCUAUAUUUAGAAAAGUUACAUCCUGGUGAGCUUACCUGCCCUAGCACACACACAACGCAACUUUGGAACACUAUGCCAAUUUAGUACUUGUUUGCUUUCACAUUUUCGCGAAACUUUCGCGUUUCAGUAUGGGAAUUACUGGCAGCAUUUGAAGGCAACACUGUUGUGAAGCUUCUCGUUUCCAAUGGUAACCAAGAAGUACCCAGGGACUAGCAAUUACACAUUCAGCGCAAAGACACACCAACAACACAAAAAAACGUUCUUACUUUAAAUUAGUUUCUUUUUAUACGUUGUUAUAAAUGGAUUUUAACCGUUCUUCGUGUUGGAAUUCAAUUUUGGAGAAAGUUAAACCAAAUAUUCCUACCAUGGACUUUGACCUUUCACCUCCAGAGAAAGACGAAAUCAUCGCCAUAUACGAAAGACCAGCUGCUCUUUCCCUGAAGCUUCCUGAGGACUUCAACAGUUUUUCAGUAGAUGCUGAAUUUGAGGAGCUCCCAAAACCAUUAUCUGAAGAGAUUUGCAAAAAGAUGGAUGUUAGUGAAACUGUAGAAAGCAGUACAUUAGCCUGUGUGGAUGAUGCUGAGGCGGGUGCUGGUGAGGAUAAUUCUGAGGUGUUGAAUAAAGGAGUCAAGCUGAAGGCCUCUUUAAAACCAGACCUGGAAAAUGUGAAAUCCUAUGAUGGUUGCCCUGUUCUCUCACUUGCUAGCCUUGACCAGUGGGACUUGGAUGAUGCCCUUAAAAAUCUAAAAGAGAACAAGCUGUCUUUGCAACCCCAUGUAACAGUGGCACCCCUGAAAACGCAUCAAGGUGGUGGCACAGACAAGUUGCAGGAGAAUAUAAUGGAGAAAUUAGCUGCUUUCUGUAAGAAUCAGACUGCAUCUGUGUUAGAACCUGUGAGUCCAGACUCCGACAAAGAAAAUAGAAUGUCGAGCAGAUCAGUGGAAAAGUGUGGAAUAGAUUUGCAGUUAAGCCACCGGGAAUGUUCCACUGUUUAUAUUGACCUGCGUUGCCCUGAUCCCUCAGUAAAACCAGCAAGAACAUCCCCAAGUCUUCCAUCAGAGACGUCAGCCAAACACAACAACACUCACCAGAAAACAUCACCUGCAAAGAAAAACAAUUUAAAAGUGCACCGUGGAUUGCAUAUGGGAGGCAGGGAAGAGACUGGAAAGAGUAUGUUGCUUAAAAAAAUAAGGGAGAUGAAUAGAAAUGAGAAUAAAUAUCCUGAUAAACGGAUGCGUCAUCCAGAGCUCGGCGUGGAAGCAAGCACAGAUGUUAAGUCAGAACAUCUGUGGGUAGAUAAACAAUCCGAACCUGAAGUGGAAAGCCCACAAACUGUUUUAGGAAGUUUAGUUAAAGAACCAAAACAGCAGAGGGACCAACUGAGACGAUGGGUUAAGAAGGCGUCUCACCAUGAACAAGCCCAGGAAACUCUUAGGCAGCUGGAAAAACAUUGUCCAACCAAAUCUGUGUCCGGGAAGCAGCCAGCUGCCGAAAUGACUGAUGUUCUCUAUGAGUUUGAAGCAUCUCAUCAAGAGCCAAUCAGCACACUACCAGCAGGUAUUGAAAGUAAGGGCUCCAUGCUGCUGAAAGUCAACCUCUGCAGUCCUGGUGUGAUAGAAGACAGAGGACAUGGGAAGAGAAAAUAUCCAGCUGCAACCAAAUUGCACAUCUAUAACACUUUAGUGGCAUGGUUUCUGUCUCUGGUCGGUUCAGAGCCACGUAGCAGUGAAGACAAGAUCAGUGCAAAGGUCCCAUUCUGGGUUGCAGGACUUCACCAGCUGUGGACAGAAGAUGGACUGGCUUUGCAUGUUUUAAUUGUGGCUCGUCACUGUUAUCCAGCAAGGAAACGGGACACAGACGUCUAUGCACCUUUCUAUAAUAAUGUCUGCAGGUUCCUCUCUGAGACCUCACUCACUGCAAUUACCAGCUGGCUGCCUCACCUUAAAAACCUGUUGGACCAGCAACCCUGCACCUCUCCCAUCCACCUCCCUUCAUCCUGUUUAAAUUGUUUUAUCUCUGCCACCUCCAACCAAAGGGUCAUAGAGAGGACAUUUGGUCUAAGUCCAGGUUUUUACUGGCAGACAGUGGAAACUUGGGAUCGUGCUUUUAAGGGGAAAGAGACCACACAGGAGGUGCACACAGAGGUGUCAGUUGUUCUGGGGUGCAGUGGCUUCUUUCAACAUCCUCUUCUAACACACUACACCCUCCAGCUGGUCCUAGACUCAGGACUCGAUGUGUGUGGUCUCCGGCUGCUUUAUCCACCACAGGAGCUUCUGAGUGAGCGCUUUGGUAGAACAGCGGGUAGUCUGAGAGACCAUGAGCCCUGUCAUCCCGUUGUUACUCUAGCAGUCCGAGGUCCUUAUGCCCACUCCUUGUUGAAGGACAUAACUAGCUCCUUAGAUUCUCUGCGGCCCAAAAAGGCAGAAACCACUUCCAGCAAUGGUCUACACUGCAGAGAUCAAGAACCACCAUUCAUCUAUUCACCCCAACUGGCCAGUCAGGUCCACAGUGAGCUGUGCCUGUGGUUUUCAGGAAGACUGCAGGGAGGAAGUGCACAGGAUCACAACAGAAGUGUGCCUUCAGAUGACCGAGCUGGAGCCAUCCUGUCCAAUCCAAGCAGAUCAUCUUCUUUCCUGUGUGCCACAAUUAAAGCUGAUUUCCUCCUCUUGGUGUCACCUGUUGUUCCUCCAUGCUGCUAUGGCCAAGUGCUGGCUGUAUGUGAACGCAGAGGCUUCAGUCUUAGAGGGCUGCAGAGACUGCAGGUUCAUAGCCAUGGGGCCUCCCUCCUGGGCCUCAGCAGCUUCCAGGCAUCUGUGUUCUGCAGUCCACCUGCUUCCACUCCAGAUCAAAAAGAGCUAGAGAUGCCCUCUCACUGUCUCGUGUUACUGCUGAGAAAAGAAAAUGCAUCGCGUCACAGUGUCGGUCUACCAUCAGUGCUAAUGAAAGAAUUCAAAGCUCAAAAGCUUCUGGGUUACAUUCACUCAGGAAAGGAUGGUGUUCACACAUCAGAGCCAAGCUUGUGUUUCCACACUGUACCGAUCAACAAGAACUUAUUCCAAAACUUUGUUAGUUGCAUGUGGGCAGUGCCAAAUCCCUCCAGUGUGAUCCUGUCUCAUCACAGGUGUUCAUUCAGACCUGACAUGGAGCAGGUAGUAGUUUUGACUCUGUGUGGGAAGGACUUGACCCAAGGCCUCAGCCUCCUAAACAGAGUGCUGAUAGAAGAAGAAGGUGAUGAACAACAUGCUAGAUUUAUGCUCCUCAGCCUGAAGUGGCUUCCUGUGCUGACUCGACUUCAAGCCCAGGAGCUGAGCCCGUAUGAGGUGGGAGAUCCGCUCUGCUACACCAGCAUGGAAACGCUGAUGUCUUCUCCAGCUCUAGUGUGUGCUUUGAGAGGAUUUGCUGAUUUUUCUUCGUUGAGGAAGCUCCUACCGCAUGACUGUCCUCAAAGCUUGAGUGUCCUCAUGUCUCCCACACCUGAAGUGGCCCUCAGACAAGCCUCCCUUUUUUUCUUCGAGCAUGAAAUGAUUCCCGACCCACAGAUGCUGCUCACCGUGUGCCUAUUGAAACCACGAGCUUGGAAUCACAGUCUCACUAAAAUAGUCAGCAAACUUCAGCAGAGUGGCCUCACGUUGGUGGGCAUACAGGUAGUGACCCAUGACAAAAGUGGUGCUACUUCACUGCUGCGUGCAGAAAGUGGGCACAACCUGUGCUCUGGCCCCUCGCUGGCUCUCUGCCUUCAGGGAGAAAAUGCUGUGAAGAGGCUGCUGGACAUGCUGAGCCAAGAGGACUCUUCAAUGUGGAUGACCUGUCAUGGAUCAGGAUCGUAUCAGCAGGCAAUUAUGGAUGUGAGGAGGUUUUUUCCUGAGGGGCUCUGCUGUACUGAGACCAACACAAUGAGACAGGAGCAGAUACUCAGCUUAUGUUCAGACCCAUUAGCCUCCGUAGAGCGUCAGCGGAGCUGCACACUGACUCAAGCAGCUCAGGAAAGUCUUUCAGUCUCCUCUGAGUCACGACCAAAUGGAGGGUCCCUGAAGCACAGGCAAACAACCUGUCUAUUGAUACCCUUGAACGCUACACCAGGCAGCCAAGUGCCUUCCCAACUGGAGAUAGUGGAGCAGGUGCUGGGAUCAGACUGCCAUCUAGUGGCAGGAAGGAUGAGCAUCCUAGAUGAUGAGCAGCAAAAACAUAUAUCAGAGACACUUAAAGCGUCAAGCAUAAGGGAGAUCAACUCAACUCCUUGUCUCAUCGUGGCUCUCCGAAGAGAAAAUAUCGCAACUGAGUUUGGCCUGAUUCUUAAAAGGAUUUACAAGGAAAGGCCAGACCUGGAGCAAGUAGGGAAAAGCAUUGUCUUCCCAGAAAAUGAAAAAGAGGCUAUGCUGCUGAUAUGCUACCUAUUUGAUACCUUGUCUUCUGAGAGCUGUGACGUCACUGUGCCAUAAACAUUCAAAUGUGUGCACAUAUAAGCAUAUUUUCCAAAGGUUGCUCCAAAAAGUGCAUAGAAAUUUAUAGCUUUCACUUGUUUUACUUUUUAGAUAUUGUUCAAUAAAUAUUUAUUCAAAAACAGCAUUUUGCCUCCUCUGCUAGUCCACUUCCUCUUUAAGGCGCAAAAUCUUUUUCUGUCAGUUGUGUUUGAGACAAAAAUUAGUCACACUUUUCAGAUGAAAAAUUAUUUUAAUUCUCAAGAUGAUAAAAAUAAUUUUGUGAACUCUGUAAACCAUUGCAUAACUGUAGUGUAACAAUUUAACAAGUGUUAACAAACUAGUAAUACACUACAGUAAAUAUGCGGUACACAAUCCUCAAUGUAGAAAAGAAACAUCUAGUAUUCUAAGACUUGCACCUGUUUUUGUGUUCACAACACAAAAAUAUCAAUAUAUACCAACAGAAUAAUUUCUACAAUUAUCAGUAUAGAAUUUCCUACAUAUCCAUACAGCUCAUCACAAAAUAAGGGACAUAUGUUUUAAUCUAUAAUGUCUAAACCCACUUACAUUAAGUAAAUAGAUCCAUGAAAUGCAGUUUCCUCAGAUUUAACAUUCUCUAACAAAUCACUGUUUUACCCUGAGAAAAAUACAUUUCUUUCUUUAUAGUUAUUUUAUGAUUAUGCUAACAAAUAGAAACUUGAAAACUUGCAUUUGUUUAAGUUCUAAUAAAUUUUAUUGAAUAGAAGUUCACAACUAGAUGCUACAUCAUAAUCAAUUAACUGCGCUCCAUAAUAUCCAGUGACCUAUUCAUUGAAAUUCUAAUUUAGAGCAAUACAUUCAAUAUUUCAGGGUUUCAAUGUUAAAAUAACAUUUUUACUGAAAUUUUCUAAAGUACAUGGAACAACCGGCUCCACAUUAAGAUCAUUUACUUUUGACUUUACACUAAUAUUUCUUUUUUUACUUAAUUUGAACAGCUCCAUACAUGUACAAGAUUGCAUAAGUCUUCUGGCUCCAUUUUUAUAAUGUUAAAAACAAACAAACAAACAAAAAAAAAAAAAAACAACAAAGAAGACACAACAACUAACAAUAAUGCAAAAUAGAUUAAACUAUUCCAAUGCAGAGCAUAAUGAUACAUCUAUUACAGUUCAUAUACAAGAUUCUCCCUGUUUGGUGCUUUUCUUUGCAAACUGUUGGGUUUCUGAUAUCAAAUGACAAAUCCACAUCAGAUCUGUGUGUUCAGUGGUCGGGCGUUGCUGUGUUUUCUUGAAGUGCAUGGCAAAUACAGACGAUUAUCAGUCAGUUAAAAAAAAAAAAAAAUCUGCUUCAUCCUCUUAAACUGGUGAAGCAAACCUCAUUAGAUUAGCCUUUUUCCCUUCAGCUGAAGUAGGCUGAAUGUAUGAGACAUUUAGCGAUCACAUUAUGGUCCACAAAAUACUGUAAGGCACUGAACUUUUGAUUCCAAUUGAGCAAGUUAUAUUUUGUCUCUUCAAUUAAUCCACAUUACAGAAUUAUUAAAAGGCACAGACACAUUUGAAAGCGUAAUUGGUCCGAGAGAAACAAUUAAAGAAAUCUGAAGAAAUGUAAAGAAAAACCAAGCUGUGCUUCCAAAGAGAACGUUUCAUUUCUUCUACAAAUUUUUGGCAGGUAGACUAGUCUCUAGAGAGACUGAGGGUCAGCAACAAAUUAAGUGGAAUUAUGUCUGUAUCUGCAAUUGAUGCGUCACAAUUGUCAUCUGUCCCCGGGAAAACGACAACUAAUUUGGACCACGGCUUUAAGAAACAGAAAACAGAGUCGGAUAAAAAGAAAGCACCUUACAGGCCUAGCAUAACAGUACACAAUGCUAUUCAUUUCCAAACUGAUUUUUAUGUAGAUAAGCAAAAAUCAACAAACAAAAUUGACUUCACAACAGUAGUGAAGUUUAUAUGGCCACUUCAGAAGCACAAAUGUCAUUCACCUUUGACAUUCCUUCACUGUAGACAACAAUUAAACUUACACUGAAUCCGCGCUUAAGGUCAGCAUGUGCUUGCCAGUACUGCACAAUGUGCCAUAAACGUCAAUGUAUACUUAAUACAAAAAUCAAAUGUACGAAUACACAUUUUGUAAGGAUCUGACCCAUGCAUUUAUAAUCAUCUGCCACUCACUAUGACAAGCUUUAGAUAGAAAGAAAAAAAAAAAAGAUUACUGUUAAUGAACAUUAACUAUUUAAGGUACUAGGUGAUUUACUUUUUAAAAUCAAUUUCACUUUUCAUUAAUGAAGACAAAUGAUGAAAUGUAGUAGAAAAGAAAUAACAAUACAGGUCUUUGGUAAAACUACAAAACAUGGGCUCAAGUCUGUUACUGUUGUAAGCGAAAGCCACUGGCAAAGUCCUGUUAUUGACUCAGGAUAUACUGAAUGAAAUAUUAAUGCAAAACAAAUUACAAUAAAUCCAUCUAAAAAUAGAAUUCCUGCCACUCACAACGCUGUCUCACCUAGAGAUUCGGGAAAGACCGAGUUAUGCUGACAGCUACAGGGUGAUCUGCCCAAUACUCGAGUACUUGUCUGAAUUCUGUUCAAGGGUAAAUUUUCCCCUCAUAAUACAUAAUUGGACAGCUACUAGACCACCGCUUUGGUUCAUUUUUAGAUUUUCCCCACUAGACAUCAUUAAUUUUGUUGGCUUCACAGGCAAAACAAAACAGAACAAAAGGAUACUGUGAAUUAGCUGCACUGUACACUGCUAUCCAGUGUAUAGGGGGGUGAGGAAACAAAGCCAACCUUCAAUCAAUUCAAAUAAAAAUAAACAAAAAAGGGACUAUCUACUGUAGUGCAGGUCCUUGACAUCAUUUUAAGGAUUUACAAAAGUACUGAAACUUAGACUGAAAUGAAUUUACAAGAAGAAUUCAAUUUGAAACAAGAAAAAAAGAUUAAGUCAAGUUAGAUGCAGAAGACAUUAUUCCAGGAUCUGAAAUCUGAGCUGUGGAUGCACAACAACAUUCAAACAUCUAAAUGUUUACAAGAAACUACAUUAAUACCUUUUCCAGUAGCAGCGAAGCUUGCAGAAGUUAUUAAGCCUUAACUACACUAAAAUAAGUACAAAUAUUCUGGCAGUGUGACACAGUGUGAACAUUUUUUUUUCUUUUUUCUCCUUUUGUGUAGCUGGUUAAUAUAUCGCAUAACAUGCAAUACAUGAAAUGUUUAGCCUGCCUUUUAUGCUUUAAUAUAAUCAUGAAAAUCCUAAAAUACCAUUAACCUUUCUUGAUAUUUUUCCUCUGAGUUUCUUAAUUGUCAUCUGUGUAAAUGUAAACAAUGCAUUUUCCCAUUUAUAAGUAGCAAAAAGUGUACCUGGAGAUGCAUGACUUUCUACUGGUUUUAAAGCAAGAAUAAAAAGGGUUUUUUUUGUUUGUUUUUUUAAACACAGUAGAAGGUCAUCUGAAUUACGGGAAUCUAAGCACAAACCCAACGCAGAAAAUUACUGUGGAAAUCUUCAUUCACUGCAGAAUCAUUACAACAAACCCUACUGAACUGUUUAAAAAAAGCAUUUUGUAUGUUGCUGUAUAAAUUCAUGUGGCCUAACUUUGCAUACUCCCAAAUCUUAAACUGGAAAUCUAAAUUCAAAGACUGAAGCUGCACCAAAAGAGCACCACAACCAAGGAAUGAGUGGGUGAGUGGGUAGGUGGAGGGGAAGGUUCAUUUCUAAGAGCAAAGUCAGGACACAGGCACUGACAAUUUUCAUAUUCAAUCAUCUUCUGCAGAAAUACUUAAUGGAAUUUGGCCAAAUACACUGGCAUAUAUUUAUAUUUACACACAUAUAGUCAUAAACAUGUCAAUGCCUCUGCAGAAUUAAAAUACACAUUUUGCAGAAAACGCGUGCACAAGCUUUGACUACUUGUGUUUGCGUUGACAAUUCUACACAUAACCUUUUGAACUAAGGCAAGGCACUUUAGAGUUAGAGGCCGAUAUGUUCUAGACAAGGUCAAGAGGCUAGAUUCCUACAAAAAAUAAGAGGAAAAAAAAAAAGUGGGAAAAAAGUGAAAAAAAAACAUCCCAGUUUCAGG